CCAGUGGCCAGAUUUGGUCUCCGAGUCAAUGCCAAACCAGCUUCACUGGGAGACCAAAUUUUAAACCAAGUUAUGUCUUAUCAUUUGGUUCAAUCAGUUGCAAUUAAUUAACCAAGUACCAUGUAAGUAUACAUUUAACAAGGAAAACGAAGAUCUAUGUUAUAAGAUAUACACACAAGAUCAUGUUGGUUAAGAAAAACAAAACUAAAAUUUGGUUACUGAGAUGGCUGAUGUCAGAAUCCGAUGUCAUUACUGUGUAACUUUGAGUGUCUUUGACAUAACACAAGGGCAAAUACAGCCCCAAUUACAUACCGUAUAACGGCGCCCAAAUUACGGGCUUGUCAAAAGGCCCAAAAUAGAAGAAAAUAUCCUGUUUCAUAAGGGUGGAGAAUCCAAAAUAUUUUUAAAUUAUGUCAUUUUUUUGGCAUAUAUAUUUCAAUUUGUUGUUCAGUCGCUUCAUAACAUGAAGUGAACAUGAAAUGCGUCUAGUGAUUACCGUAAACCGUGUCUGAGUCUCUGACGUCUGAAUGUCAUAAAAUAUACUUUCUUUGUUUAUGUUGUGAAAUUCUCAACGAUUCAUGAUAACACGUGGCUGUCGGUUUGUGAUGCUGUUGAUAGUAUAGAUUGACAAGUGGUCGUCAUGCCGGGUCGUGGUAGACCUAAGACAACUGGUAAAUCGCAUAAUAAGAACAGCAGUUCAUAUAUUCAUGGAAAACGCACAAUCGAUGGCAUUAUUAAGUCUACAGGCGGGGGAAUGGGGAGGUUUAUCACACGACAGAACAGUCAGAAGACAUCAGACGAUAUUGUUGACAAGGUCGAGGUCAUUGACUUGUCGUCUGCAACAGCUGCCUUACAGUUGCCAGCUGUGUGAGGACAUGAAAACAGAGACAUCCAUGGAUGGAGAGACCUCAGAAGCCUGUGUGAAGAAAGAGGAGACGCUGGAGCUGAAUAUCUACAGCUAUGGAGACGAUCUCGACAACCCACCUGAAGGUCUCUCCAUUAAAGUGGAAGAUCCUGAUGAUAAAGACUAUCUCUACUGUGAAGUUUGCAAAUCCUUUUUCCUCAACAAAUGCGAGGUUCAUGGACCACCCCUCUUCAUCCCCGAUACUCCUGUUCCCAUGGGAGUCCCUGACCGAGCCAGACAAACCCUUCCUCCUGGGCUAGAAAUCCAGAAGUCCAGUAUUCCUGAUGCAGGCCUGGGAGUGUUUAAUAAGGGGGAGACUGUUCCAGUAGGUGCACACUUCGGCCCCUGCCAGGGAGAGCUGGUGAACCGAGAGGAAGCCAAGAACAGUGGAGACUCCUUGGUUGUAUGCAGGAGCAUGCAGUGUGAAGAAUACAUCAAUGCCAAAAGAGAGACGCAUGUGAAUUGGAUGAGGUAUGUGAAUUGUGCCCGUAAUGAAGAAGAACAGAAUCUUGUGGCAUUUGAGUAUCAAGGGAGAAUUCUGUAUCGUUGCUGUCAAUCCAUUAACCCAGGACAGGAGCUCUUGGUGUGGUAUGAAGAGGAGUACACCAAAGAACUCAGUCCUGCACCUACAGGAACAACCAGACAGCAAGAAGUAAAGAACGCUCUGCUGCAAGUCUUUUCAUGCUCCACAUGCUCUCGUUCCGAUGCAUCUCCAAUUUACCUCGACAAGCAUAUCAAGAGAUGCUACUAUGAAGAGUACGUGAGACUGCGAGAAUCAGGAGAGAUUAAAUAUAAGCUUCAGAUCCCCUCCAAAUGCUCCAGUCGUCAACCAACAUCAACUGAUAUUAUCCAUUCUGAUACUUCCCAUAAUGAUAUACAGAAGGAAAUUCACCACUGCUCAGAUUGUGGAAAGAGUUUUAGUUCUCAGAAUGCACUCAAGACACACCAGUGCAGUCACACAGGAGAGAAGCCGUAUCACUGCUCACAGUGUGGGAAGAGUUUUACUCAGCAGAGGAAUCUCCAAACACACCAGCGCAUUCACACAGGGGAAAAGCCGUAUCACUGCUCACAGUGUGGGAAGAGUUUUACUCAGCAGAGGAAUCUCCAAACACACCAGCACAUUCACACAGGGGAAAAGCCAUAUCACUGCUCACAGUGUGGGAAGAGUUUUACUCAGCAGAGUAACCUCCAAACACACCAGCGCAUUCACACAGGGGAAAAGCCGUAUCACUGCUCACAGUGUGGGAAGAGUUUUACUCAUCAUAGUAAUCUCCAAACACACCAGCGCAUUCACACAGGAGAGAAGCCGUAUCACUGCUCACAGUGUGGGAAGAGUUUUACUCAUCAGAGUCAUCUCCAAAAACACCAGCGCAUUCACACAGGAGAGAAGCCGUAUCACUGCUCACAGUGUGGGAAGAGUUUUACUCAGCAGAGUGAUCUCCGAAUACACCAGCGCAUUCACACAGGAGAGAAGCCGUAUCACUGCUCACAGUGUGGGAAGAGUUUUACUCAGCAGAGUCAGUUCCAAAUACACCAGCGCAUUCACACAGGAGAGAAGCCGUAUCACUGCUCACAGUGUGGGAAGAGUUUUACUAAUCAGAGUGCUCUCCAAAAACACCAGCACAUUCACACAGGAGAGAAGCCGUAUCACUGCUCACAGUGUGGGAAGAGUUUUACUCAGCAGAGUGAUCUCCGAAUACACCAGCGCAUUCACACAGGAGAGAAGCCGUAUCACUGCUCACAGUGUGGGAAGAGUUUUACUCAGCAGAGUCAGUUCCAAAUACACCAGCGCAUUCACACAGGAGAGAAGCCGUAUCACUGCUCACAGUGUGGGAAGAGUUUUACUAAUCAGAGUGCUCUCCAAAAACACCAGCACAUUCACACAGGAGAGAAGCCGUAUCACUGCUCACAGUGUGGGAAGAGUUUUACUUAUCAGAGUGAUCUCCGAAUACACCAGCGCAUUCACACAGGAGAGAAGCCGUAUCACUGCUCACAGUGUGGGAAGAGUUUUACUCAUCAGAGUAAUCUCCAAACACACCAGCGCAUUCACACAGGGGAAAAGCCAUAUCACUGCUCACAGUGUGGGAAGAGUUUUACUUAUCAGACUGCUCUCCAAAGACACCAGCGCAUUCACGCAGGAGAGAAGCUGCAUCACUGCUCAUAGUGUGGGAAGAGUUUUACUCAUCAGAGUGAUCUCCAAAUACACCAGUGCAUUCACACAAGAGAGAAGCCGCAUCACUGCUCAUAGUGUGGGAAGAGUUUUACUUAUCAGACUGCUCUCCAAACACACCAGCGCAUUCACACAGGAGAGAAGCCGUAUCACUGCUCAUAGUGUGGAAAGAGUUUUACUCGUCAGAGUGAUCUCCAAAUACACCAGUGCAUUCACACAGGAGAGAAGCCGGGUCAUUCCAUGCCAAAUCAACAAGAGGUUAUGCUCAACCAUCUCAGAUUUCAAUGAAA